UUAUUUAUUUAUCCUUUAAUCUCUGCUUCCCAAAUUUUGGGCUGCUAUGACUAUGAUGGAUGAUUGAUGGAUGAUGAAUUGAGAAACCCAUCUCGCACAAGCUUUUCUCUUGUUCCUUCCCGUUUCUUCCUCUCCCCCCAUCUCUCUCUCUCGAUUCCUCACACAGAUCCGCGAUCCAUUUUUCCCCUUUCCCAGCCAGCAGGUUUAUAAAGUGCAGUUAGCGCAUUCCCUAUAUAAAAAAGAACUGCUUCACUAUUGGAUAUGAAGAAAGCAUUUGGUCAAACUGUCAGAGACCUCAAGAGAGGUGUCAACAAGAAAGUGCUUAAAGUACCUGGAAUUGAACAAAAGGUUCUAGAUGCUACCAGCAAUGAGUCUUGGGGUCCGCAUGGAUCACUUCUUGCGGACAUUGCGCAUGCUUCGAGAAAUUACCAUGAAUACCAGCUGACCAUGGGAGUGCUAUGGAAACGUCUUAGUGACACUGGAAAAAAUUGGCGGCAUGUCUAUAAGGCAUUGACGGUCUUGGAGUACUUGGUAGGCCAUGGAUCGGAACGUGUCAUAGAAGAGAUUAAAGAACGUGCAUAUCAAAUUUCGAUAUUAUCCAGUUUUCAGUAUAUUGAUUCCAGCGGUAAAGAUCAAGGUAGCAAUGUCAGGAAGAAGGCGCAGAGCCUUGUGGCGUUGGUAAAUGACAAAGAAAGAAUAGCGGAGGUCAGAGAGAAGGCUGCUGCUAACAGAGAAAAGUAUCAUAACUCAACAGUAGGUGGGAUGCAUAAGCCGUCAGGAGGAUAUGGAGACAAAUAUGAUUACGAAGGCCGAUAUGGAGACAGAGAUGAAGAACGAAGUAGUUAUGGGAGAGAGAGAGAAUAUGGUUACAGGGAUGAUGAUAGAAAUAGUCGUGAUGGAGAUCGUUAUUCUAAAGACUCUGAAGACCGAGAUGGAAGAGAUAGUAACAGGGAUGAUGAAUACCAUGGAUCAAGAGGUAGGAGCUCAGACAGGGAACGACCUAUUGAGGAUGAUGGCCAAUCGUCAUCAAGGGACAGUGGUGCACGAGCUGAUGAUCAUUUUCAAGAUGGGAGAGGGGGGAUGGAGAGGAAGUUUUCUGAACAAAAUAUUGGUGCUGCCCCACCUAGUUAUGAAGAAGCUGUCAGUGAAUCACGGAGCCCUGUAUACAGUGAAAGGGAUGGUGGAGAGACACCACAAGUUGCUCCUCCUGCAGCUGCAGCUUCGCCUUCUGCUGAAAACAGCAGGGUGGACAACAAAACUGCUGGUUUUGUUAACGGAUCACCUCCUCAGCAUGUUGAGUCUUUUGAUGAAUUUGAUCCACGAGGUUCAAUUUCAGCAGCAUGUGUACCUACAGCUGGUGCUUCGGCUCCUGCACCUAGCCCACCCACAGUGGUUUCUACUUCUGCCAUGCCUGCCCCAAAUAAUGCUGAAAUGGAUUUGCUUGGCUCUCUUUCAGAUGUAUUUUCACCGAACCCCUUGGCUAUUGUAACAUCUGAUUCCACUUCUGUUGAUAACAAUGGACAACCAAACACUGGUCCAGCUCCAUCGUUUUCUACUUCUCAGUCAUCAACUCAGUCUUUUGAUGAUCCAUUUGGUGAAUCUCCUUUCAAAGCCAUCACUUCUGCUGACACUGACCCAAGCCAACAUCAGAGUUUUGGAGCGCCUUUCCAGCCCACACCACCAACUUCAAAUCCUGACAAUGGGCAUAGUUUUGGUUUUGGGGAAGCAUUUACAGCUGUACCCAAUCAUGAACCUGGCGUUCAAAAUAUGCAACCUCCACCGAACUCAUCUGUCUUACCUCAAGAGCAGUUUGAUACAUCGGAGAGCGAAAUCGAUAUUCUUGCUGGCAUUCUCCCGCCAUCUGGACCGCCAGUUUCUCUGUCUCCACAACCAAAUUCAACAGUGCCAGCAUCUCAAUUUCCUCCCAACGGUAACUCCUAUGAAAGUUAUCAUCAUCAGGCGGCACUUACAGAUCCAAACAUGCCAGGACAAACUCCGUUUAGUCAAGCUUCACAACACUAUAGCAUGGUUUCCCAUUCGCAAAAUCAUCCUGAAGGUAUGCAAUUCAACAAUGGAGGCUUCACGCAACAGCCAGGCUAUGCAGGUUCAGCAAAUUCUCAACCUCCACAGUAUACUCCUGGUUUAUCUCCACACCCAACAAGUGAGAGUUUUCCUCACCAACUAGGUUCUGCCACCUCAUCAAGCUCGCAAACUCCUUACGCUACUACAUCCAAUGCACCAGCUGGUCAGUUUGAUGGUGGAAACUUUAUGACACAGCAACCUUAUGAUGUGACACAGAAAGUUAAUGGUGCCCCUUCUCAUGUACCACAUCGAACUCAAUCUGGACCUGUUGCGGCAUACGGGAAUAAUAACAAUGUUGUUGGAGAUAUGCACCAACCUGGUUCUGCCCCCUCAUCAAGCGCGCAAACUCCUUACCCUACUACACCCAAUGCACCAGCUGGUCAGUUUGAUGGUGGAAACUUUAUGACACAGCAACCUUAUGAUGUGACACAGCAAGUUCAUGGUGCCCCUUCUCAUGUACCACAUCGAACUCAAUCUGGACCUGUUGCGGCGUACUGGAAUAAUAACAAUGUCGUCGGAGAUACGCACCAACCUGGUUCUGCCCCCUCAGCAAGCUCGCAAACUCCUUACCCUACUACACCAAAUGCACCAGCUGGUCAGUUUGAUGGUGGAAACUUCAUGACACAACAAGCUCAUGGUGUGACACAACAAGCUCAUGGUGUGACACAACAAGCUCAUGGUGUCCCGUCCCAUAUACCACAACGAACUCAAUCUGGACCUGUUGCAGCGCACGGGAAUAGUAACAAUGUCGUUGGAGAUAUGUUUGCGCCAGCUGGACUAAGUUCCUUGGAGACUUCAGCAUCUCAACCAUCUCUCACACCUUUAACAGGAGCAAUUGAGAUUGUUCCUCAAAGUCAGAAAAAGUUUGAGCCAAAAUCAACAAUCUGGGCUGACACAUUAAGCAGAGGGCUGGUUAACUUCAACAUUUCUGGACCCAAAACAAAUCCAUUGGCAGAUAUAGGAGUGGACUUUGAGGCGAUCAACAGGAAAGAGAAACGACUAGAGAAACCAACUACCGCACAACAGCAAGUAACAUCAACUAUCAACAUGGGUAAAGCCAUGGGAUCUGGUACUGGAUUAGGCCGUGCAGGUGCAGGUGCUAUGAGACCUCCGACGAAUUCAAUGGUAGGCUCAAGCAUGCCGACGGGGAUGAAUGCUGGUGGCUACGGAGGUAUGAACCAAAACCAUCCGAUGGGAAUACAACAAAACCACCCCAUGGGCAUGAACCAACACUUUCCGAUGGGCAUGAACCAAAACUACCCCAUGGGCAUGAAUCAAAACCAUUCCAUGGGAAUGAACCACAACCAGCCCAUGGGAAACCAAAACUAUCCCAUGGGAAUGGGGAUGAACAUGGGCGGAUACGGUCAAGGCUAUCCCAUGCAACCACAACAAGGAAUGGGCAUGGCUCCUCCUGGUCCACCACAAGGCAUGACCGGUGCCUACAAUCCGAUGAUGGGUCAAGGCGGUUACAACCCUCAGCAGCAGCAACCUUAUGGAGGAGGUUACCACCGGUAAGAUACGAGCCAAUCACAGUUACCCUCAUUCAAUUCAUCACGAUAGUAAAAAAAGAUCCAAGAACAGAACUCAAUCAUUGGACCUGGAUUUGUAAAUUUUUUGGUCGGUUCAGGUAAGUUUGGGGGUUGGGUCAGUCAUAUUAUUGGAUUAAUACCUCGGCUGUUUUUACAAAAGAAAAAAAAAAAUAAUUCUCGACCGAUUUGAGUUUUUGUUAGGAAAUUUGUAAUGGGUAAAGAGAGAGAGAGAGAGAGAGAGAUAGGCACAAACCUUCACUCGGGUUACGCUAAUAUACAUAUGUAUUUUUUGGUAUUAUACAUCUUUUCUGUAAUACAUUUUCCACUCACGUAACAAUAAAACAAGUCUUUCAAUAGUU